CAGCCCCCCAGGAGCGCCGCCAUGCUCGCCGAGGAGCGCAAGGAAGGCAGCCCCCGCUUCGGGAAGCUCCACUUCCCCGUGGGGCUCUGGAUCAACUCCCCCAAGAAACGCCUGGCCAAGAUGAGCCGGCGCUGGCCCAGCGCGGGGUCCGUGCGAUCCACCUCCUCGGACACGGCGAGCCGCGGCAGCGAGCCCUUGGAGCCUCGCCCGGCCACCAAAGCCAAAGCCUCGCGCCACAAGCGCCUCUCCAACCUCUUCCAUCGCUCCGGCACCGCCGCCACCGGCACCGCCGGCACCCGUUGGCUCAGCGAGAAGAAGCUGGAAGAGUUGGUGGAUCCCAAUCCGGAAGCGUUGGGAUCCCAACGGGCCGGCGCGGGCCCGGACCCGUCCUCGUCACCGCGCCAGCUCCCCGGCAUCCUGAAGAUCUUCGGGGGGAACAUCUCCCGCGGAGCCAACUACAAGAGCGUGCUGGCGACGGCGCGCUCCACGGCGCGGGAGCUGGUGUGGGAAGCGUUGGAGCGUUACGGCUUGGCUCCGGACGACGGCACCUUAGGGGAAUACGUGCUCUGUGACGUGGUGGGCAGGCCCGGUGGGGCCGGUGGGGCCGGCGGGUGGCUCAUGGAGCAUCUGAGGCCCGUGGGUGCUUCCGAGCGGCCGCUGGUGCUCCAGGACGUGUGGAAACCCAAGAGCGGCUGCUCCCGGCGCUUCGAGAUCCGGCGGCGCCAGGACGUGGAGCGCUUCUUCGAGGCCGACGCCGGCGAGGGCGGCGGGGGCUCAUCCCAAGCCCGGCGCCUGCAACGCAACCGCUCGCGGGCGGCCUCGGGGGGCCCGGCCCCCCCAAAGGAGCGCUCCGAGAACCUCUCCCUGCGCCGCAGCAUCAGCGACAUGAACCUGAGCACGCGGCGCCGCAGGGAGCGCAAGGCCGUGCUCAGCGUGGCGGGGGGGGACCCCACCGCAGCCCCCCCCGGCCCCGACGGGACCCCCCCGGCCCCCGGCCCCGAUGGAGCCGCCGGAGGUGGGGGCGAGGAGGAGGAAGGGGGGGACGGCGCCAGCCUGGAGCAGCUCUCGCAGUGCCUCAUCCAGCCCCCCCAGCAUCACCCCUACUUCCUGCUGCUGCAGGGCUAUGGCAAGCAGGACUUCGUGCUCUACGUCAUGACUCGUUCCCAGCACAUCUUCGGGCGCCGGGGCCCCCCCGAACGCCCCCCCCAGGGCUCCCCCCCUUCCAUUGACACCUUCCUCAACGCCCCGGACAUCCUCCCCCGCCACUGCCUCGUGCGGGCCCCCCCGGGGGCCCCCGCCACCGUGCGGCCGUACCGGGGGGCGCCGGUGACCCAUAACGGGGUCCCUUUGUUCCGCCGGGCCCCAUUGAACCCCGGGGACCUAUUGGGGCUGGGGCAGCACUUCCUCUUGCUCUAUAAGGACCCCCGGGGGGGGGGUCCCGAAGAGCAGAGCCCCCCCUGGCUGCCGGCGCUGCGCUGCGAGGGCUGCAGUACCGGCAGGGGCCGGAGGGAGGCGCUGCGGUACCGGGCGGAACACGAGGAGCGGCUCCUGCGGGAGAUCGUGCGGGAGCCGUGGGGUGCGGGGGGGACCCCGCAGGGGAUGGGGGUCCUGGCCCCCGCGUUCCUGCUGGGGCUGUGCCUGGAGCACGCCUGGAGCGCGUUCCCCCCCCAGCACCUCCCGCAGCUGCUGACGAGGAUCGCGGGGCUGGUGAAGGAGGAAGUCUGGGAGAAGAUCAAGGAGAUUGGGGACCGGCAGCCGGAGAACGAUGGGGACCCCUCAGCGCAGGGGCCGGAGGUGCUGGGCCCCGACCUGCGCCCGCUCACGCUGUGGUUGGCCAACGCCACGGAGCUGCUGAACCUGGCCCAGGCCCGGGUGCUGGAGCUGGAGAAGGAGCUGGAGCUGGAGGGGCCCUGCCCGGAGCUCAGCAGGGACCUGGAGACGUGCGAUGAGGCCAUGGGCGUCCUGGAUGAGGUCAUCAUGUCCACCUUCCAGCAGACCGUCUAUUACCUGACCAAGCGCCUUUACGCGACGCUGCCGGCGCUGCUGGAGGCGAACCCGUUCGCGGCGCCGCUGGAGGCGGGCGCGGGCCCGGGCCCGGAGCCGCUGCGCGUCCCCGAUGGGGUGAGCCCCACACUGGGGGUGUUCCAGAGCGCGCUGGAGCUGAGCCGGGGCUGCCGCCUGCACCCCGACCUCGUGUCCCAGACCUUCGGGUACCUCUUCUUCUUCUGCAACGCAUCCCUGUUCAACUCCCUCAUGGAGAGAGGGGGCGCCCUGUUCCAGUGGGGCCGCGCCGUGCGGCUCCGCACCACUCUGGACCUGGUGCUGGACUCUGUGGCCGCAAUGGGGCUGGGCGACGUCGCCUCCGAGUUCUUCCAGAAGCUUUCGGCAGCCUCCAACCUGCUCUGCACCCCCAGGGCCUGCCUCAGCAAGAUGACGUGGGCCCGGCUCCGGGCCGAGUUCCCGGCGCUGAGCCCGGCUCAGCUCCACCACAUCCUGAGCCAUUACCAGCUUGGGGGGGGGCAGGCCCCGCCCCCCGCCUGGAGCCCCGCCCCCGAGGAGCGCGACCAGGUCACUGCAGGUGACAUCUUCGAGAGCUUCUCCGAGCACCCCCCCCUGCUGCUGCCCAGCCGGGGCUUCCUGCUGCGGGCGGGGGGGGGGGACGCCGAUGACGAGAGCAGAGGGGGGACCCCCGAGGACAAAGGGGGGGUCCCCGAGGACAAAGGGGGGGUCCCCGGAGGAGGGGGGGCUCCUGCAGGCCCUGUGCCGCGUGCGCCGCCUGCUCCGGGACCUGGAGCAGGAUGAGGUCCCUGCCAACCAACGGGGGCUGCCCCGGGAUGGGGCUCCAUAGGGACCCCCCCACCCACCCCACCCCCGGCACCCUAUGGAUCCAUGGGGGGCACCCAAAGAAACCCCCCCCCCGUGCCAUGCUCCCAUUAA